AUGACCCGCUGGGCCCGGCGGAGCGCCCCGCCCGGGGCCCGGGCCCUGGCCGCCACCCCCUGGGAGCAGCUGGCGCCGAGCGGGGAGCCGGAGCCGCCACGGGCAGCGAAGGGGAGGAGGAGGAAGAAAGAAUACGAGAACCAGGACGUGAACGGGUUCGCGGCGCACCGCGGGGAGCAGCGGCAGGAGGAGGAGGAGGCGCGGAGGAAGGACAGGCGGCGGGAGAGCAGGAGGCUCAGGAGGCAGGAGAGGAAGAAGAACGCCAUGGUGUGUUUCCACUGCAGAGAACCUGGCCAUGGCGUUGCUGACUGUCCUGCAGUGCUGGAGAGCCAAGACAUGGGGACGGGGAUCUGCUACCGCUGUGGAUCCACGGAGCACGACCUCAGCAAAUGCAGAGCCAAGGUGGAUCCAGCUGCUGGGCCAUUUCCCUAUGCAAAAUGUUUCAUCUGUGGUGAGAUGGGGCAUCUGUCAAGGUCGUGUCCGGAUAAUCCCAAGGGGUUGUACGCUGAAGGUGGAGGCUGCAAACUUUGUGGCUCUGUGGAACACUUCAAAAAAGACUGCCCAGAGAAGCAGAACGCAGGUGACAGUCGGGCGCUGGACCCCUGGCCUGAGCGCAGACCACGAGGACGUCGCGGCCGCGCCGGCGCUGCAGAGACCACAGCCCAAGCGACCCAAAGUUGUCACUUUCUGAAGGCCUCCUGGCUCUCAAACAGUUCUCCUGCGCUGUUGCACUCCAGAGUGGUGACGACAGAGAGUGGAUCCAGGAAAUCAAGCAGGCUGCAGAGGAGCUGUUGGUUUGGUUUUUUUGGUCUCCCCUCAUUUUCCCAGUUUGCCUCCCUAACUUGCCUGGUUCACUGUAAAGCUGGGAACAACAGGAACACAGCAAGUGGCUAUUUUAUUAAAGGAAUUGUGGGUGUUUUUUAAAGGUUCUUGUUGGAUUACGGUUUGGUUUUGCCUUUUCCUUUUAGGAAUAAUGAACUUACUCCUCCGUAUGUUCUAGCUUGUGCAGUGGUGAAGUUAGAGAUCGGCCCUGUGGGCUGCUGAGCUUGGGGUGCAGUUCCUGAUGGUUACAGUUGUUAUUAUCAGCCAUUAACCUCAUUGGUCAUGCACAUUGGGUCACUUGAGUGUGUUCACUAGCAGAAUCAAGCCCUUCCUCUGAAGUCUGUGGUGAAACACACCCCUAAAGAAUUGGAGAACAAGUGAGAAGCUUUCUCAAGUUUAUUUCUUUUUCUCAGUUUAUUUCUUUUUCAAAGAAAAUGCUCAAAAAUCUGCAGUGUUUCCAUGCCUUGGUGAGCUGAGAGUAAAUUUUUGUUUGUAUUGCACCUGCCUGCUUCAUGGCAGACUUACUAUUUUUAAAUGCAGACUGCAGCCUUAUAAAAACUGGUGGAUAUUAAAAAGAAAGAUUAGGAAGCCAACUCCAGAGUUCCUGCAGCCACCAGUGUUACUGGAGAUGUGCAUCCUGACCUCCCCUCACAUGCUUUUCUUGCAGCCAAAAACAAAUACAAAUGAAAUUGUGUGGAGGUAUUUUAUAUUUGUACAGGUAAUUAUUUUUAAUAAAAUGCUGCUAAAGAAUACAGUGGUUAGAUGUCAUAUUUUAGGUUUCUUGGUGCUGCUAUGGAGACUGAGAUAGGGGGUAUACAGUUUGUAUUAAUCAGUGCACAUUUUUAAAUGGGGAAGAGGAGUGGAUGUGAAUGAAACCAAGGUUUAAUUACGGAGUUUUAAUGAACUGUUGGAUAAAAGCUCAAAGCUGUCAGUUUAAUGUGAACAUUUUGGCAACAGACAUUUAACCCAGUUUAAGAAGCAUUUCCCUUUCUGUUUUAUGAAUUAAUUAUAUUGUUCAAAAAGCAUCUUUUUAGGUAAUUUCCCUGCUUCUUGGCUUUGUAUUGUGUUCUUGCCACCUUGAGGAUGUGGACUUGGCCUGUCCUAGUGGUACCAGUGCUGCCCAGUGAGGGCUGGUGCGAGCAGUGGGGUGUGCUGUGGUUGUGCAGCUCCCGAGGAGCUCCUGCAGAGCAAUCUGAGCUGUAACUGCUGCACAAAACCACUCGUUAGAUGCACCCACUGGUAUUUCACAGAGGGAUGCGUGGCUACAGGAAGCUGUUUGGAGAGCACCACACAAGUUGCUGCCCGUAAAGAUGUAAACCUGUUCAUUUACAGUGCCUGGUGCAGGUAGCAUCUGGGCUGGCUCUCCCCGGUGCCUCUGUCCAGAGCCAACAUUAGGGGUCUCUCUUCACUAGCACUGGGAUCUCGGUUUACCUGUGCAGAGCUGCUUGCUGGGAGGGAGCUGGACCCUCCUGAGCUGGGAGGUGGCAAACUUGACCUUGGUGGCUUCCAUGCUCUGGAGGGGGCUGCCCACGCUCCCAGAAUGAGGUGCUGCACUUUGUCCAUGUGAAGGAAAUGCUGAUCCAGAAUCAGAUCUGGAUCUGUGGUCUCUGCUGCUGAGCCAGAGGCCGGGAGCUGUGUCUCUCCCUGCAUUCCUGGUGAAGCACAGCCUGGUGGUGGGGCUCGGCAGGCAGAGCUGUGCCCAAACUGAGCCACAGGCCCGGGGACACCGGAAAGGUGUCACUCCCAGGGCUCCCCUUGGUGCCUCUCCUGCCAUGCUCAUGUGCAGACUGUGCUGGUGGGUUCUGCAACCUGUAAAUCCCUGCGGUAGGCUCUGCUCUGGCUGCAGGGCUAGCUGAAAGUGUGUUCAGCAGCAACUGUGCCAGCCCUGAGAACUCUCACCCUGGCAGUGGUGACACUGUGCGGUGACAUCGAGUGGCAGUGCUGCAGCUCACAUGCUUUGCUCCCCUCACCCCCAGGUCCUCCAGAGUCCCCGUGCUGAUGAGCACGCUCGUUGCUCUCGACAGGCCUCUCUGAGCUCGAACAGGAGCAGCAAACAAAGCAAACACAUCACAGCACAGCCCCUGGAGCCAUCCCCGUGUUUGUUGGUGAGGAGUGGAUCCAGGGGUUGCUGUUGUGCGUUUGCUCCAGCCUGGCACAGCUGGCACAGAGGCUGCAGCUCAGAGCUUCCCUGCAGAACCCACCAGCACUGCAGGGCAGCCUUUUGC